AUCAAGAUCAAGUUGGUUCGCGCCAAACAGAAAUGAGCUGCUUUAUUAUUAUUAAGCCGUUCCGUUUUCUGGGCAUUGCUAGAAUCUAAUUCAUCAGAUUUUAGGCCACAUUGAAUGUAUGGCUGCCAGUCUCCAAUUAGCUUUAUACACCUGGUAUCACCAGCACAAGAAGAAAGAUCUUGGGCUUGGCCAAAAAGACUGGCUGUGUCUUUUUCAAGAACAAGUUAAAGAUGAUAAGAAUAGCUCAUCGAAUGCUUUCACAAAAAAAUGUGAAGGAAUUGCAAAUGGUGAAUGUGUGACAAGGGAAUCCCAAGUAAAAGAAAAGACCAAAGAAAAUGUGGACAAGUUGAAGCAACUACAACAGCAGCCUGAUACUACCAGUUUGCACCUUAGUACAAAAUUUAUAAAAGAAGAGCAAGAUGAAUAUUGGAGUCAUUCUAUUAACUAUUGUCAAAAGAUAGAAGGGGCCCAAUAUCUUUCAGGGGAGGAACCAACCUCACCACUUGCAUCUCAGCUGAAUAUGACCCUCAAUAGCCCCAUACUUUUACUAUCUCAAGGUAACAACAACACAUCAGUGGAAGAAUCACACUCCUUGCCAUUGUGCAGCCCAUCACUGACCCUUUGUGAUGCAUUCUUACCUGUAAAGAGGGAUAGCAGCCCAAAAGAUACCAUAAUGGAAAGUCUGGCUGUUAAUAUGGAUGGAUCAGAAGAAGUUUCAUGGAGCAGUGCCUUGGCCACACCCACCAGUGCCCACCAUGGCCACACCCUGGACUGCACCUCACCAUCCACUCUUGAACGCCAAACCCUCCAUCCUAGGCAGGGACUGAGAGAAAAUGUGUUGGCUCGAUCACUCUUCAGUCCGCGAGCAUGUGGUACUGCUGGGUCAUCUUCAAGUGGAGAAUUGAGUCCAGGUCUUGGUAUCAUCAGCUGUUUUUCUCCAGUUUCAAGGUUCAGUUGCAGGUCUAUGCCUUCAACAAAACAAAAUAAGUCCUGUCAUGAUGAAAGAACUAAGCCUGGCUGGCUAGAAGCCGGGACUCAGGGAUUCAGAAUAAGUAUUAUCUGUGAAAAGAAUGAACUACAUGGAAAAAAUAUAUUCGUUACCCCAGGAGAAAAUCAGCAAAGUGCCAUUAGGCCUCUUCUUUGUGAUGGAGAACACAUUCACAGCCUUCAAACAAAAUUGAAGCAGGAUUGUAAACUGGUGAAACCAGACCAGACCAGUACACCAGUGCAGCCUAGAUCUGUGAAAGCUAGGCACUUAGUACUUAAUGAACAGUCACCAAAACCUACAAGUUUCUUAGAGCCUAUCCCAUUUGUGCAAGAAAUGAAAGGGGAAAGAAUACAGGAAACUAAUUUAGGUUCACAUAAAAAUUGCAUUAUUGAUGUUGAUCUUCAUGAAAAUUAUAAAUCAGUUAUUUCUAAAUAUUCUAAUGGUUCAGCAAAAGAUCCAUUUGAUGUAAUACUUUCCCCAGUGUGCAAAGUUAAGCAAAGGAAGGAAACCAACCUCGGUGAAAUCAAAUCAACACUGGAAACUUCAGAAUUGAAAUUAAAUGGAGAAGUCAAGUUAACUAAUUCUGUUAAGUCACCUGAUGAAAAGAGCAAAAAAAAAAUUGUUCUCAUAGAGGUUGAGGGCAGUCUGAAUGAGAUGUUUAGUAGCAGUACUAACAAAAAUAUGCACACUGAAAGUGUAAAUAUAUCUGGAAAAAAUAGUUUAUGUAAAGAUGGAUUCCUUUUAAACACUUUAAGUAAUGAGAAAAUUAAGGCAAUAGAAAAUACUAAUCCCAAGAUAUUCAAUGAAGAGCAGAAGAUAGAUUUGAAUUGCCAAGAUGAUAUAAGACACCAAAAUGAGCAUUCCAUAAAGAAGUCUAUUCUAGAUAGUACAACUCCAUCAUUUCAAAUGAAUCCAAAAUGUCUAAAUUUGUCUGUUAGUACUAAUGGAGAAAAACAAUCUAUAGAAAUAAUAUCUGAAGACAAAAAAAAAUGUAUUUCUCAUUCAAUACAGGAAAGAACAGACAUGGAAAUGCCUGGUUUAUUUAAGAAGAAUAAACUUGCAAAAAAAUUUGUUUAUCCAACUAAUUUAGGUGAGGGCUAUGAGGAGUUGAAUGUUUCUUAUACAGAGAUCAUAGGAGAUGAGGAAACAUGGAAUAUGACAGAAGCACCAGACACCAAGGAUCCCACUAGGAACACUCCAAAUAUUACAAUGACAAGUGAAAUAUCAACUAAGGCAUUAGAGUUGGAGAGUAAAGGGGUCAUUUACAGCACUCCAGUUAAUAAAACAGAUGAUGAAAGAUGUAUUGACAAUGCACCAGUGAGUAAAAGAACUAUUUGCAACACUCAUGCUGGAGGGGAUGAAACUUUGCUUGAUGGAGAUAUACCUAACGGUAAAAGAACUAGUUGCAACCUUCCAGCCACACUCCUUAAUGCAAAGGAGGAAGUUCAUUUCUUAGGAAUAAGGCAAAAGAACUUCCUUUCUGUUUCAAAUCUGGUGAAUAGUGACAUUUCUGAUAUAAAUUCCAGCUCCUCAUUUGAACCAUUACAACAUGAUGGAUGUGAACAAAUGGCUAAAUCAUCUGAAAUAAAGAAAAGUCCUAUUGAUGCAAAAGAAGUGGAUCUGUCAAAAAUCAAGGUGCAUGAGCAUAAUCCUACAGAGGGUUUGUCCACCCAAGGAAAUAAAGAGCAAAUAAACCAUGAUGUCUCCAUUUCACUCAACAAUCAGCUGGUCUCUGAUACUUUUAGUGAUAUUGAUUUCUCUGAUACUGAUCUAGAUACAUCUCUUCCAUUGGAGGAAUGUACUGCUAUGGAUGAUAACAAAAGAAUGAAACCAGACAAAGAUAGUGAUGUAUUUACAAAAGUCACAUGUAGGAAAGGUGGUUUUGAUAGAGAUUACUUCAAUUGGAGCAAUUCAAUGAAAGAUCCAGUCUUUAUUGGUUUUAUAACUGGCAAUGGGAAACAAGUCAAGGUCAGUGACAAGGCUCUUGAGAAGGCCAGGAAAUUUGUGGAGGAGAAAACAAGUGAAGAACAUAAUCUAGGACUGCAACAAGUUCUAAAUGGAAACCCUGUUAUUAUGGAUUGUUCAGACAUACCUCAGGAAAAAAGUAAAAGAAAUAAUUUGACAAGUUUGCAUAUGGCAACAAAUUUAAAUGUCUGCACAUUAUCAGAAGUAGGAUCUUUGAAUUUAUGUAACAGUUUACCAAGUGAUGUAGGUAAUAAAGGAAAAGGAACAUCAAAAUUUGGAAGAAACUUUCACAAUAAAAACAAUUAUAACAUUCUUCAGGUAAAUAGCAACUGUACUCAUGAGAAGACACAAGAAACAUUGGAUGAAGAAGCAUCAAGGGAAAGUAUUUAUGCAGAAAUGAGAAAUAUGUUUACUAAUGGAGAUGAAAUGAGUAAAGCUUCUGGUAUGCAAGAUUCAUGUUAUGACCAUAGUAGAAAAACAAGUGUCUAUAGCAUUACUGAAACACAGAACCUAAAAGCUAAUAACACUGGUGGAAGAUUUAAAAAGUUAGCUAAAUGUGAAAAGGCACAAGUGAAAGCUAGUAUGGUCUAUGAAAGUGCACACUUACUUUGUAAAGAAAGCAAUAGUUUGAUGUGUACUGGUGAAGCUAAAUUGAUGCAAAAUAAAGAAAUGUCUUCAGAACAUAAAUCUUGUGCAUUUCAAGGUUUUAGCACUGCUGCUGGAUCUCAGAUAAAAACCAGCAAAGAAGCAUUAAGGAAAGCACAAAUGUUUUUCGAAGAAGAAAAAUUAGAAGAAACUCAUAUGAGUAUACAGAUUCAUAAAAAUGAGACCAGUAAAUUUCAUAAAUAUAAUAGCUUAUCAAAAGAUCAGGCUGUAAGAUUAAGGUCAGGUAUUCCUGCAGAGUUAAAAACCACCAUAGAAACACAAACAUUAGAAAGUCAGCAGUGUAUACCCAUUAACACAUUAAAAACUACAGAGUAUUCUAGUAAUGAUUAUAAUUUUUCAAAUGAACUAGAGAAUGAUUUAGAAAAGCUUUCAAAAGCUGGCUUACCUUCAACACAUACAGAUAGCUCUAUUUGUAGCAGUACUUGUGUUUUAGAAGAUCAUCAGUCUGGUAGUCUGGUUGCAUCUCAGCUUGACACUAAAAAUGAGGCAAAUAAAGUGGGAAUUAGUUUGCACACAUUACAUGAUGAACCAUUUUCUUCUAGGAAGAAUAAUUCCAAAGAUAUACACAAUGCUGAAAGUAAAACUUUUUUAGAAAUGGAUGUAGGAUUAAAAGUAAAAGAAAAGGCAUUUAUGAAUGAAGCCUCUAGUUUACAAGCUGCUUACUUGAAGGAAGCAACCAAUAGUGAAGAUAUGAAAUCUCUACAGCAACAUAAUAUCUUGAAAGAAAUUGGUACUGGAUUUCAUACAGCUAAAGGAAAGAAACUUUCGGUAAACAAAAGCUCUAUUACACAAGCUUGUUUGUUGUGGAAGGAGACUGAUGGCUCUGAGAUUAAAACACUUGACCAAGAGGUAGCUCAAGAGCAAGAGAGAACAUACUUGAAUGUUGAAAUAUCAAGUAAGAUUGUUGGCAAACCUGAUGGAAUGUUCCUUGACCCAGAUUUCCUCUGUUUGCCAAAAAAGAUUAUGGGUUCUAACCCUUCUUCUAACAUUACACUAUCUGUAAGGAAAGCAGAAGAGAAAGAAUUUGCAGCAUUCAGUAAUCAAGAAACUAUGUCAAGCAUAGAUAGAGAAAAGAUAAGUAAAUUUGAUAAAACAAACACAAAUCUACAGUUAAGAAAUGCUGAUACAUUCACAGAUCUUAACACAGAUUCUUACAAUGCCAAUGAAAAAGUUCAUAAAAUGAACUUGCUUAUUAAACCAAGAAAAUUAUUUGUGGAUGAAAUGCAUUUCAAGUCAGUAAUGAAAUGCCAAUCCCCAUUAUCAGUUAGCUCAAAUGAUACUGAUUUCAUAAGUGAUGGAAAAACAAAUAUUCCUAUAAGUAGGGUUGACAAUACAAAACAAGUGAAUGUUAAUAACAAGUCUUUGCAACAAACAGCACAACUAUCACAGCAGUGUAUUAGGAGUGAGAAUUGUCCUUCAUUUGGGACAAAAAAAGACUUGAGUAAUACUUGUAAGAGGCAAGCAGCACCAGUAGAACCUUUUUUGAUGACAACUGAUAAAAAUACAGGAAAUACAGAUAAAUACGUCAAAGUUAUAUGUGGAUCACCUAUUUUAGGUUCCCAAAGGAAUAAUAAGGAAAGAGAUAUCAACAGCAUGUACCUAUUGGAAGCAACCCAAUCACUGAAGAAUGAUUCAGUCAAUACCCAGGAGAUUUCUGACAUAUCAGAUGUUACUGAAGCCUUUCUUAAGGAUUACAUUCAGGAUAAUGAAGCCACAAAAAAAAUAUCCAGCCAGAGGAAAAGGCCAUUGAACUUAAAAGAAGACAAGGAAGAGCACUCAUUAACUUCCCACAAGAAGAUGAAAAGAAGUAUGAUGUAUAGCCAACCUGAAAAUGUGCAAGGUUGUGGUGCAAGAGAAACAGUCAAGAUUUUUACAAGAGAAAAGCUGAAGGAAAAUCAGGGUGUCCAUCCAAUACCAGGGCACUUAUAUAAGCUGAGGACUGAAAGAAAGCAGGAUAGGAUUAAAUCAGAUUCAUAUGGAAACUUGCAGGACAAGAAGAGCUUACUAAAUGAUGCAGACAAGAAAUUGGAUGAUGCUUUUGAUAGUCAGGCACUUCCUGACAAAAUUUCACUCUGUAGUGAAAAGACAGUCAAAUGGAAGAACAUCAGAAGUGUAAAAAAUGAAUUACUCCAAACUGGUAAUGAGAACAAUAUUAGAAAUUUGGAAGCAGAUAGACAAGAGCAACUAGCAAAGGAGGUGGAGAGCAAGCUGAAGUUGCUCAGUCAGUAUGGACCACCAGCGUACUCACCGGGAAUAUUGUCAUCUGCUUCUCUUCAGACCCGUAAGCCCUUCCGAGUACCUCUUAGAAGGCCUCAGAGCAGCACCUCAAAGGAGGAAAGUGAAUGUCAUUAGUUCCUUCACGAAUAUAAUUAUUUUGUUAUUCUCAUUGUAUUUUUCUGUUAAUUUAUUUAUCAUUAUAGAGAAAGGCACUAAAUUCAUAGAUUAUUUUCAAAAAAUAUCUGAGCCUAUAGAAAAGUUUUGUACAGUCAACCCUCGGCUAUCGCGACUUCAGCUAUCGCGUUUUAUUGCUAUCACGCACCCAUGAAAAGCUGCUAAAAUUUCAUUAUCGCGACCUCAGAUGCCUGCUAUCGCGCGCCCAGCC